AGUAAGAUAAUAAACUUUGUGUCAACCCUAGAUGAACUACUGAAAACAUAGAACACGUAUAAAAGAAUAUCCAUACAUCGGUGAAUUAUAAAAUGAAAUAUUUAUACCGCCUGCCGUCAGAAACUCUGACUUUUUCAAUAAAACAUUCGAACAGUUUUGUUAAGUUAAAUUAAGAGAAAAUUGGCUUAAUGAAACAUUUUAAUGAAAACGUUUUUUCUCCUGACAAUGAUGUUUUUUUAAUUUCAUCUAAAAUUAUCUCGAAAUAUUCAAUUAAAAUUGAAAUAUUCUUUGCUUUGCCAUGCAUUUGUAUUCCUUUUAAUUUUCUAAUCGCGAAAAUCUCUCUUUGAAGAAAACUGUGGAAAAUUCUACUAAUCCAGAAAUAAUAUUUUUCACGCAUUCAUUGUUAAUUAAAAAUCAAAAUGUAAUCCAUAAAUAUGUAGAUUAACGAGAUAUUUUAUUAUAAAGCUCUCGCGUUAUUUCACUAAAUAUUAUAGGACAAAAUAAUAGCAUAAAAUAAUACAAGUGAACUGUUAUUUGUUGGUAUAAUUUAAUAAAGCCAUUUGUCAAUUAAAGAUAUUUCUGCUAAAUUACAAAUAUCAAGAUUACUUUCGUACUUUGAACGCCAUAGACGUGUAACGCGAAAAGAAUUUUAUCGCUGCGCGAAAUGACGACCUUCAACGUAUCUUCAGUGUUUCAUGUUGCGUAAACUGAACGUAAUGUAUAUCCACGAUAAAAUGCAUGUUUAUUAAACCAAAUUCCAUCAUGAAAAUGCGAAAGAUCAUAUGGACACGCGUUGGGCACCGGCGAGGCGUUUUGCACGCACGAUUUCACCUGUGUGCGACGCGUGCGGGCGAGACUCGUGAGCAGAGCCUAUACGGCAAUUGAAUUUCGCAAUGGCUCGAUAAUUCGCAAUUAAACCGUCUACCCGACAUUGUUACACAGUGAAUGGGUUCGCGUGUAAGCGCGAAAGAGACCGCGGCCGAUAACCAAUAAAAAGAGCUUCUGUUUAUAGGUAGUUGGAAGCUCAACGGUAAUGGUUGAUUAUAUUGCACGGUAAUAUUACACGGGUAAUCUGAGUCCCUCAACGCGAACGUUAUAACAUGAGCGAUGUCUUUGCGCACAUAGAGUUGGAAUAUCGUGUUUUAGGAACUUUUUUGACGGAAGAUAUAUUAAGUUCACGUUUUACUAUCGGUAUGAUUUAUUUGAAGCUAGAAAAAAAAAUGCGGAAAAGCAACGAAUAUACUUGCAGCGAAGUAGAUUGCUAGGCGGUAUUGAUUAAUGUUUCGCUUGUAGAACCUGGGUUACAUUCGAGAGGUUUAAACAUAAGCAAGGAGGUAACGCCAAUAACGUAAUAUCGGUUUUAAAUAUUAGUCUCAGGUUGAAAUACAGGUUUUACAUUCUAGAGGUAUUUAAAAAAAUACAUAUACAUAAAUUUUUCCGGGGCUGAUGUGCGCGGUUCCUAUGUGCUAUUAAUGACAGAUAUUGUAAGGAUGAAUUGCACGAUGUAAAAUAUAUUAUGACAGAAUUGUGGUGAUGUGUGGAAAUGAACGUGACAAGUUUCGUCAAUAAGACAGCGUGCUAGUGACAUCGUGUUAGUGUAAAGUGCGCAGAGCAGCUAAUUUGCAUCUCGCUUCGUUCCGAGGAUUGUUAAUUGACGAAAACCACGUAAUCUUUUCAGACCUCAAGAUAGUUUCGAGGCGGUGCCGCUAAUAAAACUGCCAAGUGCAUCGUUAAUUCCUGCAACUCGCCUUGCGGACUUGGACCGAUCGCUGGGCGGAACGGGUAUCGCUGUGCGUCUGUCCAUGAGGUGGUGACGAACAGACUCGUGGGAACAACGCGGACACUCCUUCGUGAAACUCGCCGAGAGAGAGCCCGGCGAAGCGCGAAAGUGGCGAUGCUCCUCAAGACAGACCCCGGGACGACAACGCGCGAUUUAUUUACAUGCCGCGCGAACGCAAGCGAACGCUCUCCGCUCGUGGCGCGUGAAAGACGCAAGUAAAUCACCGCUUCGACUUCGGGCGCGCUAAUCGGCUUUCUGUUGUGCGGAAAGUCCAAUUCUCCAUAGAGAACCGCGCGCGGCCGCCCGGCGGCGCAUUAAAGCCGCGCGGAAAUUCGUCGCGGACGAAGAGAUAAAAUAAGGAAAAAGCUCCGCUAAAACAUUCAGCGGGCGCGCGAACCGGCGCCCACGGACGUGCAUCGGACUUGCUUAUUACGGAAAUCCAGUUUGUUGGAAUGAGGCUUUGAAGUUUCUAUCGCCCGCCGACGAACCGUGCUCCACCUUCUUCCGCUGCCAUUCGUUUUUUGCGCUCGGAGCCGAAGGAAAGAUGGGAGAGCGGAAAACUGAGCGGCUUCGCAUUCAGACGAAUUCCAAUCCACAUUCCAGCCGGGACGAUCCCGCUAUGGAAAAAUGACGGAAGUGUCCGCGCUACGUACGAUCGAGCGUCCCUUUGGCGUCAGAGGAUCCUUCCAGGGCAUCAUUCGGUCGGGCGAUUUCGACCGCGCGUCGUAAUAAGAAAUCGACGGUGACGAGAAUCAGGGUGACAUCUGGCCGAAUGACGCCGGCGAGUUUGAGUGGUGGUCGAAGGCGAGGAUCGCGAAGAGAGAUUCCGUCCCCUAGAUUAUAGCUCGCGCGAAACUCCAGUCAUGCGGCUGCGGCGAUUGAGUCUACGGGAUUCGAGGACGCGCGUACGAAGAAAACCCAACUACAAGACGCCGCUUCUGCCGAGAGUACCGCAUCGCGCUAUCGCCAAGUAUGCCGAUCCGAGAUAAUUCUACGCGCAAUCUCGUGACGAGCGGACGAACGAGCGCGAGGAGACAGCGGGCGGAGUAGCGAUCGCGUCUGAAGAGAGACAACGGAGCCCAGACCUUUGACACGUCACGUGCGUCGCGGAGCGCGUGAAAUUAUCAGCGAGAGCCGAUGCAUCUCUCGUCGUCGGCCGCUGAUCCCAUCGUCGCCAGAAACAAGUGGUGGGUGGCAAAUGCGCGCGUACGGCGACAUAUCCGGCGAUAAACGCGAAGCUGACGGCGACAGGACUCGGUGACUCUGUAGAUAGGACAAGGGAGAGAGAAUGGAGAAGGACAACGUUAGACAUUACAGAGCUUACGAGGGCUUCAAGCCGGCGAACAACGGCAACACCUCGUCCCUGAAAAGAUCGACGUCGGAACGCUCCAAGACGCACCCGUCUCGCCAAGUGAGAUGCCUGUGCUUCGGCGGCGUCCCCGACAAAGCCAGCCAGCAUUCGUUCCUCAAGGGGUUUAUCAUAAACCUCGGGAUAUGCGCCCUUCUCGUGGCCUACACCCUCUUGGGCAGCUUCAUCUUCCUGGCCAUCGAGAGCGGCACCACGGACGGCGCUGGCCCGCAACAAAGGACCCUCGCCACGACGGUAGCCGGCAAUCAGCACACCAGGAGAAACACCAGCGCUUGGAUAAAACAGCUGAAUCACGAGGCCCGCACCAAGACCGUGGAGAACAUAUGGAUAAUCACGGAGCAUUUGAACGUUCUCUACCGUGAGAACUGGACGAAACUGGCCGACCAGGAGAUCGCGCGAUUUCAGGAGCAGCUGGUGAAAAGGAUCACGGAGGACAUGAUGGCGAGCCAGGCCGCCGGGACGUACACCGGGAGCUCCAGCGAAACUGUAACGGAACGCCGUGUGCCGGAGUACGAGUGGAACUUCGCGAAGGCGUUCCUCUAUUCUCUGACGGUGCUCACCACAAUCGGUUGCGGGAGCAUCGCGCCCAAGUCCACUUGGGGCAAAAUUGCUACGAUGGGCUACGCCAGUCUCGGGAUACCCCUGACCUUGGUCUACCUGUCUAGCGCGGGAGGUCUCCUGUCGAGAUGCGCCAGAGGCGUCUUCACGCGCGCUCUUUGCUGCUGCCUUUGCUCGAAUUGCGGCUACUGCUGCUACGACGAGAGGCGGAUGCAGGAGAAAGAGCGGCGGAUGCGAAAGAAGCGGCAGCAGGAGGAGCUGGCGCAGCAGCAGCAGCAACAGCUACAGCUGCAGGAGCCCUUUUACGUGCGCGCGAAUGCAUCGACGUUCACCAGCACCGUGGAAAUUAAGGCCAGCCCGAAGGACGAAGUUUCGAGCCUCGGUUCGGGCGACAGGCCGAAUGUCACUAUACUCGCGCCGAUCAGUAUCUGUCUUGGCGCGAUGCUGUGCUACAUUGUUGCCGGGGCAUUCACCCUGCACAAAUUGGACGGUUGGUCAUUCGUAGACGCGAGCUACUUCUGCUUCAUGAGCCUGAGCACCAUCGGCUUCGGCGACAUGGUGCCCGGUUCUUAUCCCCGCCACACCCUCGCCGGCUCGAGAAACGUGACGGUCUGGUUCUGCUCCUGCUACAUAAUGUCGGGAAUGGCCCUGACGGCGAUGUGCUUCAACAUCCUCCACGACGAGAUCGUCCAUCGGCUGAGCCACCAGACGGACAAGCCGGAGCCGGUGAAGCCGAGCUCGUCCGUAGACGAGCUAUCGACGGACCCGUUCGCGCUGACCUCGUGACAAUUUCCGUCGGGCAAUCUGUGCCACAGGAACGGCACCGACGAGAACACUAUAUGUGGCACGGAACCACCCACCAAUAUAUUCGCCCACGAAAACGAGAUCAACAUCCUCAAGGACACCUUCAAUCAGGUGGACGUCACCAGAGAUUGCAAGCCGAUCCUUAAACUCGAGGAUCACGUCCCGCCGAUCUCUGCCGUCUACAUGCUGCCCAAGGUCGACGAGGAGGCCGAGGAGAAUACGGAAAUGUGAAACUUGGACGCGGACUUCCGGAGACUGACGGUCCGCCGGCCGGGUUCAAUCAACUGGAGAUUACCCAGCAGCGUUUUCACGGAUCGUAACCCAGAUGGAUAGGUAUAUGUAACACGUUAUGUAUGCUAACUCGUGUUGUCAGAUCGCGACGAGGAGACGUUUUCGUUGAGUCUAUUAUUAACGUUGAAUUUACAGCUAAGAACUUUUAUAAUAUCACGGAAAAACGGUGCCUGUAAAAUUGCCCGUACAUACUUCGUAUGUUUGUUUUUCAUCGGGAGUACAUAUAUAUAUAUAUACACCGUUCUAAAAUUUUCCAAUGUAAAUUUAGAAAGUUUCUAAUCAGUAAUUUUAUUGAAUCUACAAAUAUCAUCUUUUUGCCGCGCGCAAUUGUGUGAAUGUUUUUCACGUUGCAACGUUUUUUCAACCAAAUUUUUACAUGUCUAAAUUCAACGAUUAAUGACGGAAUCGUCACUACGUAUCCAUUGGUGACAAUGCUAACGAGCAUAAACGGAGCGCUGUCUGGUACACGUUCGAAAAAUUCAAAAAUAAGUGCUUAAACCGUUGGCGCAAGAGUAGGACGUCCUCCUUGAAAUCGACACAAGAUGGAUCUCUCACUUUCGCUCGAAUAUAAUAAAGACUAAUGGAUAAGUUGACAUAAAAAUUAAAGUUCUAAAAUUUCAAAUUUUUUUUAUCGCUCCAAUCACUUAGCUCUGUUAUUUCUUUCAUCUUGAAACCUGCACCACGAUCACAAUUGAAAUAAAAUCGCGAUAACGCGGUAUAAUAUUGUUACUUGGUAUUUUUUGUAUAAAAGUGACUGCUUGUACAAAAUUUAAAAGUAAUAUAUUUAUAAUUACACGUGUUUCGAUAAAUAUAGUACACUAUAUAUAGUUCUAAGUAAGAAACGCCAAGAUACGCGAAGUCUCUCGAAUAUCGUAGGAAUUUCUUGAACUUCCACCAGACGUUGCCAGGUUAAUUUUGAAGUGUCUUUAAUAAAUGUUUGCUGGAUAUUGCUGGAAUAUGAAGUUACCUCUUUCACGAAAACAGGAUGUACGUACCGAAAGGAUAAAUGCAAAUGGCGUUGCCAAAGUUUACUUUAUGCUGAUUAAGAGAACGAAUUAUUAUUAAAGAUAUGAAGCGUACCGAGAUACAGAUGUGCCAUCUAAAGUGAAGCUGCUCGUAAGUGCAGCCGCUUUUCGUCGCGUAGCUUAAAGUAAUGCGGAUUAAUUGAAGAAAUCACGAAGAGUAUAAAAUUUCAAGAGCUGAAGCCAUGAGUAAUUAUCCAUUACGACUCAGACGUACCGACAUUAACGACAGGAAAUUACGUUUACGUCGUCGAUAAAAUGAAUGGAGCAAAUGACCGGCAUAAAAUAAUUUCCCAAGGGGCAAUGGUGCAUUUCAUUCGCGGCCGGUAUGCUGUUCGUGCGCGGAAAUGUUGAAACUCCUCUUUUAUUUCCCUAUCUUCUUUAUUCGCGUCACGUACCGCUGCUGUUUCCUAAGAAAGCCGUGGAAUCGACUGAAAAAUUGAUAUUUCUCCAAUAUAAAUAACGCCUUAAAAAACGCGGUGUCUUGACGAAUGCUUUAGGUGCUCGACGCAAAAAAAGCCACGCGCUAAGAUAAAAUUCCGAAAAUAACUCCACAUAAAUAUAAAUAAAAAACACGCGUACGCCAAAAACGUGCGUACGUGUAUCUCUGACCGUAAACUUUGAAGAUCCGUCAGAUCUUCCCUCGAGAGUCGAUACAGUUGUUGCGGGAAAUACUUUCACCAUUUCGCUUUACGAUCCAUUUUCGAGAAAGUCCGAUUCAUAAUGAAACAGCAGAUCCGGCAACAAUUUUCCGCAAAAAAAAGUUUCUUUCAUGAAAUUUGCAAUAAUGUCGGGCUUGCGCUUGACAUCGAUCCCUCAGCGAUCGUCACACGAGCGAGAUCGAUCUGGAAUGUAUUCCCGCGGAUCCGAGUGCGCGACUCGUCCGUUUAAUAUUCAAUGAGAUUUCGAGGACGUCCUGACUUGCGAACGGGGACCGACUUAACGUUUCUACACGCCUACUUAGAUAGGGACAUGUAAGGAUUUUUUAUAUUUCCGUACUUAAGCGUUCGCACCAAGUAAACGCGUUCUUGUCUGUAACAUAACUAAGCUAUCGAUCCUCGCGUCUAGCUACGGACAGAUUGAGGGUGCACACGUACACGGUUACUCGCACACGUGCCCGUUUGUCGAUCGAUCUGUCACUUUUCCUACGUCCUCGCGAUUCUACCGAACUGUAAUUUCAAUCACACUGCCGUACGUGGAAAGCUGCGAAGAUAGCAACCCGAUUGUCGUUGAACAAAGAAAUUUCGUUCCCCGAGAAUGGCGCGAGAGCGACGUCUGAGACGCGGGAAUCGUUUAAAGGACAUUGACUGUUGGAACGCGCGAAAAGGAACCGCGGAAUACUCUGAUUGGUGACUCUCGGCGGGCGGAGGAAACGAAAAUGGUUUGUUCAGCGGUAAUUGCAGCGGGUCUUGUAAUAUUGUAUUAGCAACGUGUUGUUUGUUGCACUGCCAUCGGCUGGACGCUGGAAUCAAAUGGAUGAAUGAAAUCAAAUUCUGUGCUCAAGAACAAUAACUAAGGUACUUACGGAUAGGCAUUAAUCCCUAAGGAUAAUUGCGUUUAGGACGACUAUCUCCGUUCUUUCAUAUUGAUACUCGACUAGUCUACGAGAAAAGUGCGUAAACGAAGCGUAACUGUGAAUUAGCGGUAAAUGAUUAUUUUCGUUGCGUGUUCGGGGCAACCUCUGUGCGUGGCGAAUAUUACGCCGCCACCUAUGCUGCCCGCAUUAAAUAUUCUUUACAUAUCUUUACGCGGAUAUAGAUCAUAUAAUUUAAAAUCUAAUAUAAAGCUAGAGUAAAAUAUACGUUAAAUUCGAAACUUGUACUUUUUUACACUAGGUGAGUUUCCUUUUGCGAGUACGAUGUAAAAACUGCGCCCGGCCUGACGCGGAACCCUUGUCACGCACGACGCAGAGGAACGAAAUGGUCCCGGAGCGAUUUGAAAAGUGUCCCUUCUUCUGUUUCCUGUAACAUAUCAUACGGUAUAAGGGAUUUUGUCGGCCGUUCUCUUCUCCUCUCGUGCGAUCGUACGUACGUACAUACGUCACCGCGAUAUUAAAAGCGCCGAGCGAAUCGCUGAGAAGGCUGUAGGACCCCGCCGUGCAAGUUGCAGGCGAGAGAAUUUCGUACGGUGUCUAAUGACAAUCGAUACUGGCUUGAGCAGUUGCUAGAGUUAUCGUUAUCACUCCGUCGGUGAUUCGAUGGAGGGUCGUGGCCGGCAGCCAAGACAAACUUUACUUUGGUGCUCGUACCAAGCCAUCCAGCCAUCGAUCCAACCUACCCGCCCGUACAAACUUCCUCACACUCGAGUUCGAGUCGAAGCGCGGGCGCUUGCUCCAAGCUGGCGCUACGGCGAUUUGUUGCGAGAAUCUAUUUACAACUUUCCAUAUACGUCCCCGUGUACGCGAGGAAUCGUGCAAUAACCGCCGGCGUGUCACGAUUGCGAAUGCCGCAGGAAAUGCUUAAAAGUUGACCGCCGCAUUCCUUGGUUAAAGAUAGGCUGCCGCGGAGAGAGAAGGAAAAAAAGAACAAAGACGGAACGGAUAUCUCGCGCGAUCGAUAUUUUGCACAACGCUCUCUCUGAUUAAAGUUUUAUUAAUCGAUAUUCUUGCAUGGCACUUAGGACUCACGGUUUCCUUUUAGUCGCGCUAUUUUAGAUCACUUUUAAUUCUUUCACGAAGUUUCCUCUCGAGAUAAUAGACUCAUUUACAAGGUGAACUUGUGAAGCGAAUUAAAGUUUGACGUAACUUUUCACGCGGAUAUUGAAUUCGUUAAAUGUAAGUGAAUUUGGCUACAUCGGGGUACAACGUAUAUAUCGCAUCGUAUCAUCACUUUGCCCGAGAUGAGAAAGAAAGUUGGAAACAGUAAAGCAAAAAAAACUGUGGUAGCAAUCUUGCGUCCAUCACUUGAAAAUUUUUUAAUUGAUAUCAGUUGAUUAUCUCUUCGGUGAUUUUAUAUCAGAGAGAUUUCUCUCUUCAGAGACUCCUCUCUUUAUCUCUUCAGCGAGAUUUUACUUAGAGAGAUGAGAUACUCUAUACAUAUUAUUAUAUUUUGCAGGAUUUCUAUACAUUAUCUCAACAAACAAGAAUGUUGGAAAUAUGAGAGAGACCUUUCUAGUUCUGUGUUUCUGUUCUCCUGUUUAUUCGUUUUUUUUUUAUCAUUUCUCUUUUUUUGUAGCCUCAUGCAUAACGAAUUAUGAGAUGAGAGAAUGCUUACGAGCAUUGAAGCGAAAGAAAGCGCCCUUAUUUUCCUGGAUUAGCAUAAUUACCAUUACGAUAUAUAGCAGAUUGUGGCUAGCAAUUUUUUACCAUCCAUAUACAACGCCGCCUAUGAGUCCAGGACGAGGUCCCAAUGCGGCAAAAGUCCAGGCCGGCUUCUCUCCUUUCACAGGAUUUUCUUUCCUAUGUAGCUCCUCAUCUUUCGCCCUUACGUUCCGGUUUCCUCUGUCGUACUCCAGGGAAAUAUAACCGAGUUCAAAGCUCUCGAUGGUCGACACGAAACUUUAGCGCGACAAUUUUGCACGAGAAAUAUCCAAUGAAAGUCAAACGCCACGGGAUUCAGCCUCAUCGGUGCGUUUCAACCUUGGGGGGGAAAAAAUGGGGAAGAAAGCAAAGCCAGCCCGACCUUCCAACGGCCGACUUAAUGGAAUUAAUGGUUUUCUGCUGUCGCCUUACAUAUUCAUUCUGCGAGCGAAUCAGCCUGUGAGCCGGUCGAGUUUUCGAAAACUUCAGAAAGUCGAAUCUAUGUCUCUUGAUACUCAAUUGCGCUUCUACCGAGGGCAAUUAGUGUUCCUGCUACUUCUGGCAACUAUCAUUUUAUAGAACCCGAGUAAAGUGCUGCUAAAUUAAAGCAAACUCACUUCGCACAAAGUUAGCAAUAUUUGAUCAAUGUGUUUAUUUCUAGUUUAUUCAGUUUUCGGCUUGCUCUACUUUGUUCCCAUAACUCGGACAUCUUCAAGGAAGGUUUUAAUGGUAUUUCUUCAUGAAAAUAAAAUAAUUACUUAUGUAUUUCGGUUGAAGGCAGACAUUAAAAUAGGUGUAUGCUGUCCGGAGGAAUCAUUAUCGUUACUACUGAAGCGAAACGUUGAAGAGAAAUUGCAGGAGAGGAAAUCUCGGAAGAGAUAUCCGAGAAGUGAAAUCUCAUUUAUAAAUAUCUGAGUUGCAACAAUAUCCUCGCGAUAAUUCAAUUUUCGUAAUUAAUGUAACGAGAUUUGCUUCUGCCGUCCUUCCAUUGUAUAUUGCAAGUCUUACAAAAAUGUGCCGUGUCUCAGUAAUGUAAUAUUUUAGCACAAAUUGGUAUCAAAUGCAAUCAAGCGCAUUUCAUGUAACACUGAUCCAUAUUUCUGAUAUAUUUUCGUCCGAUCUCAUUAUAACAAAUUUAUGAUUGUUUAAAGUAAAAUAAAAAGUACAUUUUUUUCAUUCACACCUUCAAUCGUACUAAUUUUCGAUAGGAUAACGCAUAACUUAGUCGAACCUGGCAAGCCUUUGUUCAUAAAAGUGAGUAUAUCAGUACAUACCGACGACGUUGAUGAAAUAUUACUUGUACAUAGCAUUACUAUGUGACUGUACGAUAAUAUUAUAUAUUAGUAUUUAUUGUUAGAAUGUCAAGUCCAGUUAUUUCGAGUCGUAUUCGUCAUGACUCGCUUAUCGAUCGCUUUUACUGACGCUCACGGUUGUAAAUACGAUAUUGUCCUAGAGUGUAAUAGACGUGAAUGUGGAAAAAUCCUGGUAGAUCUUGUUAUUGAACAACAAGAAAGAACUUGGAAAAUUUUCUAUUGACGUAAUACCGAUUGAUAUUAAUUGAUUUAUUUUGCCAACGUGGGAGGGAACUAAAUGUUGCAAAUGUCCGUGUUGGAUUUAGAUUAAUUUUACCCAACUGAUUCUAUCGUUAAUAGAACUUAGGGGAUAUUCAUUUUCACCGUUACUUUAUAUUGAAGAUGUACGUAACAGAACUUUAUAUAAGAUACACUUUCAUUUUUCACAUAGAGCAUACGCACGUCAGAAAGCAAAGUGGUCGAGUUUGUCUAAAGAUAUUGCGAUAAAUAAUCGUUUUCUUCGGAAAGUAAACGGUGAUAUCUGAUUUACAAGUUAAGCUUUAAAUGGUUAAAUAUUAUAAUUUCGAAAUUUCUAAACUAUUGUUAGAGAUUCUGGCAGAGAGAAAUAUAAGAUGUUUGCUAAGUAACGUACAAUGCGACAGUAAUCCUUUCCAUGCUCCGCUCAUAAAUCAUCUCAAUAAUUCUUUGCGCGAGCAGAGGAAAUCUUAAUAAAUGUCUGAUUCUCUAAACUUCGCGCGCGUCGUCGAUCAAAACAAAGUUUUCUAUACGCUUAUAGCAACCUGCUGUGUCCGCGAAUUAAUCAUAGUUAAAGUUUUCCGAGGUUCGCUUAUGAACUCAUUUUUUCCCGGCGAUCAUGCAUUCCCAGAAGAUACACAAACAUCUGGAGCUAAGUUUCAGAUUUCCGUCUUAAUAAGGUUCGACGGUGCUAGGAAUAACGCAGAAUUUUUUUUUUGCCGCGUUAAAAUCCGUUCAAAGGAAUCGAUUAUUUAGAAAAUAUCCGAGAUGCAGGGAGAUGACGUCACAGAAAGGCACAUAGAGGCGUACACACACGGCGGACAUACUAUCUCUCAGAUUCCACGUUGUAUACCGAAACUAAGGUCUUAUAUUGUAUUCUGUAAAUAGUUACGGAGGCGAACAAGGUGCGGAGUAUUGGCCGACGAAAUUGUAAAAUACAAAGCGAACGAUUUGCUGGAUAUUGUACGUCUGUAUAAUCAUUUGUCAAGCAAUGUAUCCUACGAUAGGAGAUAAUAAAGAAGACUUAUCAAAAA